AUGUUCUUUUAUUAUUAAAAAAAAACAUGAUUAGGUAUAUAAAAAGGUUUUAGUAAAAAAGACUUAUAAAUAUUGUUUUACAUCAAGAAUUAGUAUAUAGCAAAAUUGAUAGCUAUAAAUAGAAUCUACUAAAUUGUGUAUUAGGCAGAAGAAUAAAUUCUGAAUAAUUUAAAUUGAUUAAAAUAAAUUGGGACAAUUUUUCUCGUAUAUAUCAAUCAAAUGCGUAAGAGCUAAAAUUUCCACUCUCAUUUGUGAUUCACUCGGACAAGGAGGGCAGCGAGCUAGACUUGAUGUGUUAUGAAAUUUGUAAAGAAUUCAAGAUUUGUGUGUUCCACCACAAUAAAAAGGUGACGCUAUUGACGUCAAUAUGGGGAGCUAAUGCGACAAACAACUGGUUUAAAUAGGGAUUCCUCGCUUAAAGAUUUUUUUUUAGCAUAAAAUGUAGAAACCGCGAAACGAUCACAUUUCCAUACGAGCAUCUCCACUUUUCAGGCAUUUUUCCAUGAGGUGGUUUAUCUUGUUGAAUCUUAUAGUCUUUUCUAUCCCGUGUGCGUUCUCCACCUCGCUCGCGUGGAUCGCAAUGAGGAAAUUCAAAUUUACCACCUAUUCAGAAAGAUGUUGCCGCCAACGAUGUCGCUGUUUUGUCCUCUCUCUCUGUGUUUGGCGUAAUUUUCUGUUUACAAUUGGUGAUGUCUUAUCGGGUACAAAUAUGUAAAAACUACCGUAUAUGUAUAUAUUGUGCGAAUCUACGUCGAGGUAUUUUGUAGUGUGAUCUUAUCAAAUGGUAUUUGUGUGGAAUUUCUCAUCAAAAAUCCACACACCACAAAUUGGCGAUAUUUCGCACAUGAAUUUAUUCCUUUAUCACGUGAAUCGAUGAAUUUUGUUGCCACUCUCGCACUCGCAUUGCCCAUUCAAGACACAUUUAAUUUCUAUCGAAAAUUCGCAACUCCUUAUCUCCGUCUUCGCAACUCUUUUACUUUGCGAAAAUAACCAUUUACAGAGCUUCUCUUCUUUAAUUCAGAGAUUUAAUCAGCACAGCUCACCCAAGGUGGAUCAUUCAGACAAAAAAGAGGACUCUGCACUUUAAAUAUGGUUCAAUGAACUCCAGACAAAACAUAUACCUACAUAUAUCUUGAUAAAAUCACAGUCAAUUUUAAGUGGCAAUUAAAAUACCAUUUAAUUAAUGAUCAUCUUUAAAAUGUGUAAAAAAAAUGUAAAGUGCUAUCGAUCGUAUUUGGCAAAAAGCCCCUCAUAUGUAAUAUAGCAAAGAGAUUGAUAGCUUUCAAUAAACAUUAACACAAAGUCAUUGAAUUGAAAUUCAACAGAGAUCUCCAAACACUAUAAAAGCAAAUGGUUCUGAAUUAUGUUUUUUUUCGUACACUAGCGCGGUUUAUGUUGGAAAAAAUGGAAGAUAAAUCCUAAACAAGUAUCCGAAAAAAGUGUUACAUUGAUGUUUACAAUCUCAAAUGUUGAUCUUAAAUCAUUUGAAAUGUGUACAAUUAAAUAAAUAUUAAUGCGAGAGAUAUAAUCUUGAGUUAAAUUUGCUUCCUUUUGAUCGCACCGAAAAAUCUUGUUUUUGCAAAUUUCAAGUUAAAUUCAAUUUUAAUUUCCUCUUUUUCUGCGUGAAGAAUUUGUCAUUCAUAACUUUAUCUAAAAAUGAAAAUUGGAUCAAAAUAAUGGUACCAAUGUGGCUGGCACUUAAUGCGUGCGUAAAGUGAUAAAUUGCAUGAUAUGAAGAAAAUUGUAAAGGAAAAAGGCAUAUAACAAGCCGAAUAACAUACAAAUUGUCGCGAUGUGUGCAGCACAUUGCAAAAUGGAGAGAACAACUAUCAGUGAUCGCGAGGCAAGUGUCCCUUUUUGGGGUCCCGUCGGAAUCAUCGAACCAAAAUGAAUUGGUAAUUUCUUUUACCGCAUUUGCUCUGCACCACGUAAAUUUUGCGGCAGCUUCGGAAAACAUGUCAAUUCACAUGUAUGUGCAAUAAUGUAUGCUUCCAGAUGAGCCGAAUAAAAAAAAGAGCAGCAAUCGCAAAAAGAUCCGCAUGAAAAUAUGCACUAAAAAUUAACCGAUUCUCACCGUCACCCAGUCUCAAUGAUCGCAAUAAAUUUAAGCUCUCCCAGUGAGAUCACGAAAAGGGGGAAAAUAAAUUAAUCAAUUCCCACCAGUUGAGAAUGCCAUCAAGAAAGUCUUGUUCAACAUACAAUAUAAAUUAAUUACAACAGCGCAAUUGUCAUCAUUUGUGUGCACGAUCAUAAAAGAGGUGGAUCAACAUUUCAUGGAGAUACGAAAAGAGCGUCAAUGAGAAAAUGCAGAGAAUUGCAUGCAAUUAACAUUCUCAUUAAAUUAAGUUUAAGUCCAAUGCAAUGGAGUCAAUUUCUUAAAGAGGCGAAUAAGCGUCUUGUAAAUUUGGACUGAACAGUGAACACAUCUAUUGGACAGAACUUUAUUUUAAAGUUAAAUUAAAUUUAAGUCUUUUAAACGGUGUAUUUUAUGCUUUUCACUUCAUUCGUUUUGAGAAGCAUAAAAUAAACGUCACAGAAUAUUUAUCUAUCGACUUACAAAUUAAAAUUAUAAAUUAAAUUAUUAUUAUAAAUUAAAAUUAAAAAUAUCUAAUUUUGCACAUAAACCUUCAAAUCUUUAAAAUUGGAAUAAAUAAAAUGAAUCUAAAAUUAAAGAUAGGUAAAGAUAAGCUACGACAAAAUGUGUUUAUGCGGUGCUCUUGUGAUAUCAUUUUCCGCUGAAUUAAUCGCAAAUUGAAAACAAUGAACGAUCCACUUGUCUUAUAUUUACGCGAUACGAUAAGCAAUCAAUCAAUUUUUCAAUUAUAUAGAUCUACUAUGUACACUUGGGUAAAACGAAAAGAACUCGAUAUGAUUUUAUUUACUUUCCUGGCAUUAAUAUGUACGAGAAUAUAUAAAAGCAAGCUCACAUACAGUGCAGUGAGGUGAAAAAUAUGAUUAGGGAGUUUUCUUGAUAAAGUUAGUAUAGGUACAUGGCAUGAGUCCAGUUAAUAGCCCCUAGUGUAGUUCACGUGUCACGUAAUGUGGAGAAGGCACUCCACAGCCGUGUUUGCUAUAUUGAGAAAUAUCUGUGCAGAGUGUCGGUAGCAAAUUAGCAAAUGUUUUGACAUGCGAAAUUUGUAAUUUCAAUUUAAAACUCGCAAAAGGGGGGCAUACGGUGUGCAUUUUGCGAUUGGUGGGAAGUACAAGAGAAUGGAGGCACGUGUCGAAUGGCAUGCUGUGGAAGGAGUGUACUGUACAUCAUUACCAUCGGGAUGGCGCAAAUUGCGCAACAUUGUCCAGUGGACGCCAUUCUUCCAAACAUACAAGAAGCAGAGGUAUCCUUGGGUACAGCUCGCAGGACACCAAGGCAACUUCAAGGCGGGCCCUGAUCAAGGAACAGUAUUAAAGAAACUUUGUCCCAAGGAAGAGAUGUGUUUUCAGAUUCUCAUGAAAGACGUCCUGCGACCAUAUGUUCCGGAAUACAAAGGGCAAGUAACGAGCGAUGAUGGUGAAUUUUACCUUCAACUACAAGAUCUGCUGAGUGACUUUUACCAGCCGUGCGUGAUGGACUGCAAAAUUGGCGUACGAACUUAUCUGGAGGAGGAGCUAUCGAAAGCCAAAGAGAAGCCCAAGCUGCGGAAAGACAUGUAUGAGAAAAUGAUCCAAAUUGACCCGAGUGCUCCCACGGAGGAUGAGAAUCGUGUCAAAGGUGUCACAAAGCCACGGUACAUGGUAUGGCGAGAAACGAUCUCAAGUACGGCAACACUUGGCUUUAGGAUAGAGGGUAUCAAAAAGGCUGAUGGUACGAGCUCGAAAGACUUCAAAACCACAAAGUCACGGGAACAAAUUCUGCAGUCAUUCAGAGACUUUGUUGAAACUUUCCCACACGCCGUGCCAAAAUAUAUUCACCGUCUAAAAGCAAUUCGAGUGACACUUGAGUGCUCAGAAUUCUUCAAAUCUCACGAAGUGAUUGGGAGCUCACUUCUCUUUGUCCACGAUCGCACACAAGCUAGCAUUUGGCUGAUUGAUUUUGCCAAGACAAUCCCUUUACCGUCCAAUGUUAAAAUUGAUCACAACAACAAGUGGAAGGUGGGAAACCACGAGGAUGGCUAUCUCAUUGGCAUCAACAAUCUCAUUGACAUUUUUACGGAACUUGAGGCCCACCUUGCCUCGCCGAUUGCCUCUACGAGUCCUCAAACACCUUCUGUCAUGUCUCUCGUGGAUCGCAUUCCUAUCCUAUCACUCUCAUCGGAGAACGACAACACCAGCAAUAAUAAUAACAACAACAACAAUGACACCAUGUAGCAUGUAGCAAUGACUCCCAAGGCUCAAUGGGUCCCAGAAAGGCUCUCCAAUAAGACACACAGAUUUAGAAAAUUAGAUUUGAGCCCAUAUAAUAGACUCUUGCAAUUUCAAAGCUCUUUCUUUACAUACUGUGCAAAUACCCUCAUUAUAUUCCACCCAAUAUGAUGCAUUUCCAUCAUCUCAGUACUCGUAUCUCUGCACAUAUGUAUAUGUAUUGUGUAAUCAUGCGAAAAUUGCUAGCUAAAGGAAACUCUUGAGGCAAAAUUUUAGUGCAUAAGUUAUGCCAUAUUUAAGCAAUAUGUAAUUUCUUUUAGUGCCGCCCGCGUGGAAAUUGAUUUUCCCCCUUUUAUUAGGAAUGUGGUGUAAGAAAAUGUAAGAAAAAAAAGAAAUAUCUCGAUAUUGGAGCAUUUUUUCCUAUCUCAUUCACUUUUUUUUAGCAAAAGUAUAGGUAGUUUAUAAGACGCGAUAUUUAGUUCACGCAGUAAUACAAUAUGAGACUGAUGUAUCACAUUAUUAUCAACUUUUUAUACGUUUCCCCCUUCGUUAGUAAUUCCACUGAUCGAUGCAGGAUCAUCAUUCUUAUUAGUUUUCUCAUUCCACUAUUCUGUAUAAAAUUAAUUCAAAUUAUACCUACAUAAUAUUUUUCUACUAUUUUUGCUAAAUUGAUAUCUUAGCAAUGCAUACACCUAUUAUUAUAUAGUCGUAAGAUCAGUAUCUAAAUAUUUAUAUUAUGUAUAAAUAAUCGAGUAGCGAAAAUAUUGGCAUAUUAAAUUAAUUUGAUCAGAAAUUGUAACGGACAAAAAAAUAAAUUUUGGUCAGUUGUAAUUAAAUUCUUAAGUAAAAAAAAGAAAAACUGCCUUGGAGACAAAUUUAGUAACAUUAAACGGAAAAUUAUUGAAGAAUAUGCUGAAUUACAACACAAUGAAAAUCCCGGAAAAUCCAAUAAGCAAAAUGCAGUAUAAUCAUAACACAGAUUGUCUUUAAAAAAAUGUGCCAAUAUUUUUCGUACUGUACCUACUCUAUUUGUGAAUAAAAUGAAUACAUACUUUUUAGAAAUACUUCCAAUUUUUGCAUAUAUUAUGUAAGACAUUGGCCAAUAGGAAAAGUUUGUUCAAUUUCUAAUAGAUAAAAUAAGAAAUAAAAAAUAAUAAAUGAAUAUAGCUAUAUGUAUAAUUAAAUGAGAAAUAAAUAAAAUUGUACAUAGACAUUUUCAAAUAAUA